AACUGCCCCCCACUAGGCUAAAGUCAUCGUGAAAUGCGACCCUGGCAUCCAUCUCUUCUCAUGAUACUUCUAAUCUACUCCUCCUGCCUUCCACCCCAAGAGCAUCCAAGGAAAACUAGCUCUUACCAUCAUUGUAGCCGAACUGCUAGCAAACAGCCAAACGAAGACCACCAGGUGUGAAAACUGAAAAAUGGUAGCCGUCUUCAACAAAGAGCUGCUGAACUGGUACCUCAUCACCCUCAAGCUCAAAGAAACCGUGGACGCCAACUGCGCCAGAUCCCAGCCCACCACCCCCGGCGGCAGGGCCCCUCCCCUCCCGAUCACCCUGGGCGACACCGCCCCCCCUCCCCAAAAUUUAAACCCCCCUCCUCCUCAAGACUCCCCAUGGGUGAUCUCCAUCAGAGACAAGCUCAACCAAGCCCGGCAACUGGAGUGCCUCAGCCCCUGGGCCAAGCUCUCCAUCUACCGCGUCCCCAAGUCCCUCCGCGAGGGCGACGAGAAGGCCUACAUCCCCCAUCUCGUCUCCAUCGGCCCCUACCACCGCGACCGCCGCCGCCUCCGCGACAUGGAACACCACAAGUGGCGCGCCCUCCACCACGUCCUCAAGCGCACCGGCCACGACGUCCACCUCUACCUCCACGCCGUCAAAUCCCUCGAAGAACGAGCCCGCUCCUGCUACGAAGGCCACAUCCACCUCUCCAGCAACGACUUCGUCGAGUCCUUGGUCCUCGACGGCAUCUUCAUGCUCGAGCUCUUCCGCGGCGCCGUCGGCGAGGGCUUCCGGACCCUCGGCUACUCCCACUGCGACCCCGUCUUCGCCAUCCGCGGCACCAUGCACUCCAUUCAGCGCGACAUGAUCAUGCUCGAGAACCAGAUCCCCCUCUUCGUCCUCGACCGCCUCCUCGCCCUCCAGCUUCGCCUCCCGGAGCAAACCUCCGGCCUCGUCGCCCGCCUCGCCAUCCAAUUCUUGGACCCCCUCAUGCCCAACGACCACCAGCUCAACAAGACCGACGCCGCCGCCUUCGAUCCCUUAGCCGAAGGCGGCCUCCACUGCCUCGACGUCUUCCGCCGCAACCUCCUCCGCACCGGUCCACGCCCGGUGCCCCGCGUCUGGCUCCGCCGCUGGUCUCACCGCGGCCGCGUCUGCGACCGCCGCCGCCAGCAGCUCGUCCACUGCGUCACCGAGCUCCGCGACGCCGGCAUCAAAUUUCGGAAGCGGAAGACCGACCGCUUCUGGGACAUCGAAUUCACGAACGGGGUGCUCAAAAUCCCACGCCUACUGAUCCACGACGGCACCAAAUCUUUGUUCCUGAAUCUAAUAGCCUUUGAGCAGUGCCACAUGGAUUGCAGCAACGACAUUACCUCGUACGUGAUCUUUAUGGACAAUCUGAUCAAUUCGGAGGAGGAUGUGAGGUACCUGCACUACCGUGGCAUCAUCGAGCAUUGGCUGGGGAACGACGACGAGGUCGCUGACUUGUUCAAUAAGUUGUGCCAGGAGGUGGUGUUCGACAUCAACGACAGUUAUUUGUCCCGCUUAUCGCAGCAGCUGAACAGGUAUUAUAACCAUAAGUGGAAUAGUUGGAGAGCGAGCUUGAAGCAUAAGUAUUUCAGCAAUCCAUGGGCUAUUAUUUCCCUCAUUGCUGCUGUGGUUCUUCUGGUGCUCACUCUCGCUCAGACGUUUUAUAGUGUCUAUGGUUAUUACAGACCAAGCUCAUGAAGGGGAAGCCACUUUUGAACGGUGUAGACAUACAUACCAUUGAUGUUACCGCAGGUAAAAAGUUGGGUAUUUGCCAUUGUGACUACUUAUCACUUGUACUGUAGAUAUACUAUUGAUAUUACCAUAGGUAAAGAGUUGGAGAUUUGCUGUUAUUGCUAAUUCUUUUCUUGUGAUGAGUCUCUCUCUUCAAAUAAAAAUCCGCACCUACUGAUAUGGACGGGGCCAUUCUUGACUUGCAAGGAAGAGCAAGCUUUUUGAAGCUGAAGCGGUCAAUUGCGGCUUUUCUGGACUUCGUUUGGAUCUUCAAAGCGGCAUUAGAGCUUUUUUUUACAGUCUUUUUUUUUUUUUUUUCACUCUUACCCCUCCUCCACCCAAAAAAAAAGAAGAAAAAAAGCUGUAGUACAUAGACUUUUUUGUGAAGAGUCUGCGCCCAGGCAACAGUUGAUGGGCUUGUCAACAGGGGGUCUUAUCCGGUCAGGAAUGACACCUCGGAUUAGAGCUCUCUGCCUUUCUAUUGAUUUAUGUGGCUGAGAUUCUAAAGGUUUGUGGAAGGGAAUAGAUACGUAUCAUACUCAAUUUCUUCUCAACCUGAUAUUGGGUUGCAAGCUUUGUAAAAUGCGAUGAGAAUUCCUGGUAAGAGUUGCUAGAUUGACGCACAGAGGUUAUAAUUAUUUGUGUUUUAAAGUGAUAAGCAAUUUUGCUGAUUAUUUUUAUUGGUCCUGUAAAUUGGAAAACAAUACCUUACUGAAACUUCCAAUCACUGUUUAAGUUACUUGAUACUCAAGUUGCAGAGA